GUCGCUGUCGUGUCUGUGUUAUUGUUUUGAGAUGUCCUAUCGUUCACCUCAUCUCAUAAUAUACCUUCCCUUUACCUAUAUUUCUUUCUACAUCCCUGCCCAUCUAUACUGCAAAAGCUCACGCACUGUCUACCGUAGGACAAUUGAUCGCCUACAUCAUCAAUUACUAUAUGACUCCAUUCAUUAGUCUACUACAGUGUUUACACAUAUGUCGCCUGAGCCAUCAAAGUUAAGCAAAGGGCUGUCUUCUCUUUUAGCCAACUCGUCUUCUCUUAGUACUUAGUGCAUCAAUACUA